ACUCCUCUUUCCUUUCUCACGCCCGUAUUCUAAAUCAUCAGCACCCGAUCCCUCCUCCAUCCCGUCCUUCCGUUAAUAAACGGCACUAUCAGACUUCCACCAACAGAAAAAACCAAACAGCCGCCGUUAGCGCUAGAGUAGCAUUCGCAGAACAGAAGCGGCCGUUGCACGCCACUCCUAACGCUUUUGAUAACGACUUGCCUCUCUCUCUUUGUCCCCUCGUUUGUUCCUACGUUUCUCUCUCUCUCUCUCUCUCUCUCUCUCUCUAUGCGUGUCUCUGUCUGCGGCUCCGUACGGGUUUCGGUACGAAGAGAGGGGGGCGCCAUUUUUCGAUCUCACACAGAAAGCGAUACCCAUUUUGCUCUUUUCCUCUCUCGCUCUUGUUUCGAUUAGGAGGCAAUCUAGGUGGAAAUUACUUGCGUCUUGAAUAGAAUGCCAGGAGAAGAAGUAUUAGCUCAAGAAGAUGAGAGGGGUAGAUGUUUUGAGCCCGAAAUCUCUGAGGAUGAGUGGCGGAAGUCUCGAGCUAGAUCUCUUAGGAGAAAAGCAAUGACUGCUUCAACCAGACUCACUUAUAGUCUCAGGAAGCGUAAUACACGUGUAGCAGAUAGUGACUUUGCUUCAAUUUUCAUAGAAGAUGUCCGUGAUGCUAACGAGGAAAAAGCUGUGAAUUCAUUUCGUCAGGUGCUACUUACAAGAGAUCUGCUUCCAGAUUCCCAUGAUGAUUAUCAUAAAAUGCUGAGGUUUCUGAAAGCCAGAAAGUUCGACAUUGAUAAAACAGUCCAGAUGUGGGCAGAUAUGCUCCAUUGGAGGAAGGAGUAUGGAGUAGAUUGUAUUUUACAGGACUUCGUAUAUAAGGAGUAUGAAGAGGUACAAUGCUAUUAUCCUCAUGGUUACCAUGGUGUGGACAAAGAGGGCCGGCCGGUUUAUAUUGAAAGACUUGGCAAAGUUGAACCCAGCAAAUUGAUGAAUGUCACGACAGUAGAUCGAUUUUUAAAAUAUCAUGUUCAGGGAUUUGAGAAAAUGUUUAAAGAGAAAUUCCCAGCAUGUUCUAUUGCAGCGAAGAGGCAUAUAGAUAAAACAACAACAAUACUUGAUGUGCAUGGAGUGAAUUGGGUGAGCUUUAGCAAAGUUGCACAUGAUCUUGUUAUGCGCAUGCAAAAAAUUGAUGGUGAUAACUACCCUGAGACAUUAAACCAGAUGUUCAUUGUUAAUGCUGGUAGUGGGUUCAAGCUACUAUGGAAUACUGCAAAAGGUUUUCUUGAUCCAAGGACCACAGCCAAAAUACAUGUUUUAGGCAACAAGUUUCAGAGCAGACUGUUAGAGAUUAUUGACUCAAGCCAACUUCCAGAUUUCCUCGGCGGCAGUUGUUCGUGCCCAAAUGAUGGAGGGUGUCUUAGAUCUAAUAAGGGACCUUGGAAUGAUCCUGACAUUUUGAAACUGUUGCAUUCUAGGGAAGCAAUGAAGCUAACAAAGUUUGGAAGUUCUUCUGUUGCUGAUGUGGUAGAUGUGAAGUCAUACGCCAGCAAGGUUACAAGCACUGAAAUAUCUGAACCUCUAUCAGCGUCAGCAGUAAGAUUGCAUCCUUCAGCCUUCGUACAAUCUGUUCCUUCUAGUGAAAAAAAAAGGAUGAGAGACUCUGCACCUACCGGCAACGAACUUGAGCCUGUAAAUGCUGCCAGAGAAGUUGUUGGGGAUGUUGAUUCAACAAGUGAUUCAAGCAAUAAUUAUCUCAGAAGACUACUGGAGAAGCCAAUUCCAUAUAUCACAAGUAUUUUGGCUCAAAUCACAGUCAAAUUGUUAACUUGUAUUUAUUUAGUAUUUGUGGCAUUGGGGAAAUUUUUUGUGGUUCACUCUGUAGACAACCAACCAAGAAGCCAUGGGCAAACAGAAUCGGCACAAUCCAAUUCACAGGAACAAUUAAUAACUCCGGCAAUAAAAGAGCCUCUUUGGCAAAGAUUGCAGAAUUUAGAGGCAGUGGUAACUGAGAUGGCCAAUAAACCUAAAACAAUUCCUCCUGAAAAAGAGGAUAUUCUUCAAGAGUCAUUGAGUCGUAUAAAAUGUAUAGAAUAUGACUUGCAAAAAACAAAGAAGGCCCUGCUAGCAACUGCUUCAAAGCAAGUUGAGCUUGCCAAGUCAUUGGAAAGCCUAAAGGAUAGUAAAUUUGACGGAACAAACUCAUGUUGGCCUAAAAAUAGAAGUUAUGCCCCAGGACGAUGAGCAUCCCUCUUUUCAGCAUCAGUUUGCAGUCUAUUGUUUUUGAUACUCUACAGCUGAAUUACUACCAGAGCUAAAAAACUUCUAUUGGCUUAUUUAAAGGAAUUACUCUCAUUCUCAUAGGUGACUUUUCCUUCUAUUUAUAUAAACACAAAUUUAUACUCUCUGACUCCCUGAAAGAAGCAGUGGUAUCUUGUAAUAUCCAUUUCUUUUCAGGCUUGAGGAAUGGGCUAUGGGAAGUGCAUAGCCCCAAUGUAUAGAAGGCAACAAUAAUUUUUUAUGAAGAUUCUGGACUCCAAAUAUUCCUUUUAAAUGUAUAACUGUGUUAACCACAUUUAUUUUCUUAUUGGCUUUUCUGUACAGAGGACAUAUAUACAAAGUAUGCUACUCAAAUUCAGAUGUAUUUUAAUACCAGUUGCAUAUAUGCCGAAAAGACAUUUUCUGUAAUACAUUGUAACAAAUAGCGAGCGCUUAAUAGUAAAUUUUGGAUUUUACUAGAGGACGUGCUCUCUCCUGAAA